GGAUGCCGGUGUAUGGUGCAUCGAGGUCUUUCUGCACGUUGCGCGGCUGUAGCCCGGUCUGCUUCUGAUUCUCGCCGAUCUCACCUACAACAACCCAGAUCCUUAUUUACCCCAAUUUGUAUUUAUUACCCCAGGACAGAGAGAUGCCAGUAUUGAGGACGGUGAGCCGAGCCGCCAGGCAGAUCCUGCAGAGCCCCGCGUGCGGGUGCCAGGCUUUGGUCACGCAGGUCCGGCUUAUCGGCUUCUCUCCUCGCCAGGUGACGUCCGACGCCAGCUUCCACUCCGUGUCCUUCUCGGAGACGGAUCAUCCCAGGGUGCUGAUCACAGGAGGACUCGGUCAGCUGGGUGUUGGACUCGCGCAACUACUAAGGAAACGUUACGGGAAGAACAACGUCAUUUUGUCAGAUAUCCGUAAACCUCCAGAUAAUGUCUUCUACAGCGGCCCUUUUAUCUAUUCUGAUAUCUUGGACUACAAGAAUCUCCGGGAAAUUGUGGUGAACAAUCGAAUCAACUGGCUGAUCCAUUACAGCGCUUUGCUGAGCGCCGUCGGUGAAGCCAACGUUCCUUUGGCCAGAGCCGUCAACAUUACCGGUCUCCACAACAUUCUAGACAUCGCUGCCGAACACGGGCUCCGUCUAUUCAUUCCCAGCACCAUUGGAGCCUUUGGUCCGUCUUCACCCAGGAACCCCACCCCAGACCUCUGCAUACAAAGGCCACGGACCAUCUAUGGUGUUUCGAAGGUCCACGCGGAGCUCAUGGGAGAGUAUUACAACUACAGAUACGGACUGGACUUCAGAUGUCUACGGUAUCCUGGAAUCAUCUCCGCCGACUCUCAGCCAGGAGGAGGAACGACGGAUUAUGCCGUUCAGAUUUUCCACGAUGCUAUCAAGACCGGCAGGUUUGAAUGUAACUUGAAGCCCGACACGCGCCUGCCUAUGAUGUACAUCGAUGACUGUCUCCGAGCUACGCUGGAGGUCUUGGAAGCCCCGGCCGAGACGCUCUCCAUGAGGACCUACAACAUCAAUGCCAUGAGCUUCACCCCCGAGGAACUUGCCCUGGAGGUUCAGAAGCACAUGCCCGAGCUGGAAGUCGUGUACAACAUCGAUGCGGUCAGGCAGGCCAUUGCCGACAGUUGGCCGAUGGACUUCGACGACAGCAACGCACGCAACGAUUGGGGCUGGAAACAUGAAUACGACCUGCCGGAGCUGGUGACCACGAUGCUCGGCCACCUCAACACAGAAACGCUAGCUUUCCAGGCAAGCUGAGACUGUCUUCGGCAAGGAACCCUAUUGUAUUUAUACACCCGCUCUUCUCGUGGCUCAUCAUCCAUACGGCGAUCGGCGGGGCAUCCAGACAGAACCCCGAAAACUGUUACAUUCAUAACAACCAUUUCCACCGUCGGAUCUCAUUAGGCGGGGAAAAAAAUUCGUUACUUGAUGAUAGCGUUGCCUCGAAAAUAAAAACAGACCCUAUUAAUAAGAUCGACAUAAGAAUCCAUGUCCUAUUACUUGAAAAUGUGUUUUGUAGGG